CCGUCCACCACCCAUAACAGCACGUCAUUCCGGGGGGUCCGCAACAGGAUAAAAGAAGGCGCAUCCCACUCUCAGUGCUCAGUGGAUGUUCCAUCCUCACGGAAAGCAGUUGAGCGGCAUCUCGGAGCGGAAACCGAAACGAUAAUAAUACAAGAUAUAUAAACAGAAGGGCAAGAGAACUUGCCGCGUAGUGAAAAUGUGUUAAUUGCCGGAUAGCCCGGAGUCAGAGUCCUGCUGGAAAGUGAGAAAACUACGAAAUAUUACAUCGAAUAAAUGAAAUCUGAAACUGCCAACCGAAGCAAUCGGAAAAUGCGGUCCAGGCGAAUUCUGGUCCUGCCGCUGCUGCUCCUGCAAUUAAUUUGCAACUGUCAGGUGGCCCUUGCCCUUCCCGAUAUCAUUAAGAUAGGUGGCCUCUUUCAUCCCUCCGACGACCACCAGGAGCUGGCCUUCCGCCAGGCGGUGGACCGCAUCAACGCCGACCGCUCCAUCCUGCCCCGUUCUAAGCUGGUGGCCCAAAUCGAGCGCAUCUCGCCAUUCGACAGCUUUCACGCCGGCAAAAGGGUUUGUGGCCUACUGAACAUUGGUGUUGCCGCCAUUUUUGGGCCCCAAUCUUCUCAUACCGCCAGUCAUGUGCAGAGCAUUUGCGAUAACAUGGAGAUUCCCCACUUGGAGAAUCGCUGGGACUACCGGCUGAGACGCGAGAGCUGUCUGGUGAAUCUUUAUCCCCACCCUAAUACGCUCUCCAAGGCUUACGUUGAUAUCGUGCGACAUUGGGGCUGGAAGACGUUCACCAUAAUCUACGAGAACAAUGACGGCAUCGUGCGGCUGCAGGAGCUCCUCAAGGCGCACGGGAUGACCCCCUUUCCCAUAACAGUGCGCCAGCUAAGCGACAGCGGAGAUUACAGACCGCUCCUGAAGCAGAUCAAGAACUCAGCGGAAGCUCACAUUGUGCUCGACUGCUCCACGGAGAGGAUCCAUGAAGUCCUGAAGCAGGCCCAGCAGAUUGGCAUGAUGAGCGACUACCACAGCUACCUGGUCACCUCACUGGAUCUGCACACAGUCAACCUGGACGAGUUCCGCUACGGCGGUACCAAUAUCACCGGCUUCCGUCUCAUAAAUGACAAGAUCGUCUCGGACGUAGUUCGUCAAUGGAGCAUUGACGAGAAAGGGAUGAUGCGCUCCGCCAACCUGACCACCGUACGCUCUGAGACAGCACUCAUGUACGAUGCAGUGCAUCUGUUCGCCAAGGCGCUGCACGACCUGGACACCUCGCAGCAGAUCGACAUCCAUCCGAUUAGCUGCGAUGGUCAGAGCACCUGGCAGCACGGGUUCAGUCUGAUCAACUACAUGAAGAUCGUGGAGAUGAAGGGCCUGACGAACGUGAUCAAGUUCGACCACCAGGGCUUCCGGACGGACUUCAUGCUGGAUAUCGUUGAACUGACUCCAGCUGGAAUCCGGAAAAUAGGCAGCUGGAACUCCACGCUGCCCGAUGGUAUCAACUUUACGCGAACCUUUAGCCAAAAGCAGCAGGAGAUUGAGGCGAAUCUGAAGAACAAGACCCUGGUCGUUACAACCAUAUUGAGUAAUCCGUAUUGCAUGCGAAAGGAGUCUGCUGUACCGCUGAGUGGAAACGAUCAGUUUGAAGGAUAUGCCGUAGAUCUUAUUCAUGAAAUCUCCAAGUCCUUGGGCUUCAACUAUAAAAUCCAGCUGGUACCCGAUGGCAGCUAUGGUAGUCUCAACAAAAUGACAGGUGAAUGGAAUGGCAUGAUCCGGGAGCUUUUGGAGCAGCGCGCCGACCUGGCUAUAGCGGAUCUCACCAUCACCUUUGAGAGAGAACAGGCUGUGGACUUCACCACGCCCUUCAUGAAUCUGGGGGUGUCUAUUUUGUAUAGAAAGCCCAUCAAGCAGCCCCCGAACUUGUUCUCCUUCCUGUCGCCUUUGUCCUUGGACGUCUGGAUCUAUAUGGCUACUGCCUAUUUGGGUGUGUCUGUUCUACUCUUCAUCUUAGCCAAAUUUACGCCUUAUGAGUGGCCAGCUUACACAGAUGCCCAUGGGGAGAAGGUGGAGAGUCAGUUUACUUUGCUAAAUUGCAUGUGGUUCGCCAUAGGAUCGUUGAUGCAACAAGGAUGCGAUUUUCUCCCCAAAGCUCUAUCCACCCGCAUGGUGGCUGGCAUUUGGUGGUUUUUCACCCUGAUUAUGAUAUCCUCGUACACUGCCAACCUGGCUGCCUUUUUGACCGUGGAACGCAUGGAUUCGCCCAUCGAAAGUGCCGAGGACUUGGCCAAGCAAACUAGGAUCAAAUAUGGUGCUCUCAAGGGAGGAAGUACAGCAGCUUUUUUCAGGGACUCCAAAAUAUCCACCUACCAGCGAAUGUGGUCCUUCAUGGAGUCGGCUCGUCCAUCGGUUUUUACGGCCAGCAAUGGUGAGGGAGUUGAACGGGUGGCCAAGGGAAAAGGAUCUUAUGCUUUUCUGAUGGAGUCCACGUCGAUUGAGUACGUGACAGAACGAAACUGCGAACUGACGCAGGUAGGCGGAAUGCUGGACACCAAGAGCUAUGGCAUAGCCACUCCGCCAAAUUCGCCUUACCGCACGGCCAUCAAUAGCGUCAUACUUAAGCUCCAAGAAGAAGGCAAGCUGCACAUCCUGAAAACCAAGUGGUGGAAAGAAAAGCGCGGCGGUGGAAAGUGUCGUGUGGACACCUCCAAGUCCUCCUCGGCGGCCAACGAACUGGGUCUGGCAAAUGUCGGCGGUGUGUUUGUGGUUCUAAUGGGCGGCAUGGGCGUGGCCUGUGUGAUUGCCGUGUGCGAGUUUGUGUGGAAGUCACGCAAGGUCGCCGUGGAGGAGCGCCUUAGUGCAAUUCUAAAUGAAUGAGAAAAGUCGUAAACCCGGGACGAAUGGGUCUAAGCAGUAGAUAGGUCCCGGGUACGACUCGGUUCGGUCAAAUCAAAAAUGCAAGUAGUAUCGUGAGUCGGGGAAAGUGCAAUGAAUGGAGAGCCUGGCGGAGCAACAUAUAUCACCAGCAAUAGUCGAAAAUAGGCAGUUCUCGGUAUCCCACGCAGCAAUAAUGUUUACUGGAGCCACCAAUGAAUGAUAGCACCACAUUUUUAGAGGCGAUUAAGCCGAAGAGAGCCCAGCUAUUAAUAUACAUUGAAGAUACAUACGAGAGAUAUGUACAUUAUAUAUACAAAAUAUAUAUUUAUACAGGUUAUAUGUACUCCCUUUCGUAAGCAUACUCGUACUAAUCAUUAACCUAUACACUAAUGGAACAACAAUGCAAAAACUUGCAACAAAUCGAAACGAAUCGUAUUGCAUUUAUAUUUGAAAGCAUUUUUUGGGAAUUGACCUAUAGGCGUAAUUGUAGCUAAAUUAUAUAUAUACAUAAAUACACGAAAGCAUGCAUAUAUAAACCAGAAGACACGAUCGAAAACUCUCUCUUAACCCUAAGGAUCAGGACACAAUUUACACGCAAAUCGAAACCGAAGUUUUCAACGAACUUAGCCAGUAGAACUAACCUAAGUGAGUUGUAAUUCUUAGCUUAGAAAUACUUACCCUUUUAAUUCCCCUUUUUCCCAGCCCUCUAGCUACUGUCCUCCCCUAAUAUAUAAGAUUGUAAAAUGUAAUUACCGCUCAUACAGGCAAUUCUGACAAUUUCAUAAAAUACUUACAAUUAAAUAAAACAAGUUAACAAAACCUACCGA